UUAUCAAUAUCCAAAAUAUAAUAUUUAUGAAUCAACUUCAACAAAUUUAACUAAAAUUCCAAAAAGAUUAAUAGAAAUAUUAGAAUUAAAUGAUAAUUCAAUGAUUUGUAAUAUGUGUAGAAAGAGAAUUGAUAAUGAUUUAGAAUAUUUACAAAAUGAAAAAUAUAAA